AUGGUUUUCACUCGAAGUCAUAGUAGACGAGCAACAGACGACGUCGAUCACACGACAAACAUGUACAAUGAAGUAGCAUUGAGAAGGCUGAUCGAGCAGGUAGAACAAAUGCGGCAGCAGCACACCGCCGAUCUGCAAAGCAUGCGUACCAAGCACGAAACUGACCUAGCAGCGUUGCGAACCGCUAACGAAGCUGACCUAGCGGCGCGCUUCGCGCCCAACUUCCUCGGAGCCCUUCUGAUCAACCAGCUCAACCUAUUACCUGCUGAGUCGAUUGACAACUUCGACACCUUGGUAAGGCGAUUCACGGCGCAGUAUGCCACGAGUCGCCCUCACCACGUCACCUCCGCCGCCUUGGCCAGUCUUCGACAAGGCAACAACGAAUCACUGAGGGCGUUCAUGGAGCGCUUUGCCAGCAUCUCAGUGAAGAUUCAAAACCUGAACCCCGAGGUCGCCCUGCACGCCAUGCUCAUGGCGCUCAAGCCAGGCCCUUUUGUGGACAGCCUAUGUCGCCGAGCUCCUGCCGACAUGGACGAACUCCACGCCCGAGCUGUAGGGUACAUACAUAUGGAAGAACACUUUGCUUUUCAUAACCAGGUUCACGGAAAAUCACAAGCGAAGCCUGACCAUGGUCACAAAGACAAGAUGAAGGUCACCAAUGACAGCCAGUCCAAGAAGACUGCCAGGGCAAAUAAGGGGGGAGAUACGACUUCUACACUCCCCUGA